AUGAGUUUCACAUUCGGCCAAGCCACAACAACUACGGGAGGUACUUUCGGUACUAAUACUCCCUCAGGCUCGCAAUUUGGUGGUGGCGAUGCAUCAAAAUUAUAUCAAUCGGACUCUGACAAUAAACCUAGUUUAUUCAGUAAUCCUCAAGCUAGUACUCCGGCCUUUGGUGGAUUUUCAUUUGGAGCUAAAACUACUACUACUGCAUCUUCUUCAAGCUUGUUUUCAACACCUAGCACUACUACAUCAGCUUUUGGAGCGAGCAAACCAUUAUCUUUUGGAGGUUUCACAUCACCCCCAGUACAAACUGUUGGUUCACCUGGCUUUGGACAAUCACCUAACCCUGCAAACGCAGCAGAUAUUAAACCACCUGCAUUUGGGGCGACACAACAAAAUUCUGCUUUCGGAAGUCCUACAACACAAGCACCAGCCUUUAGUUCACCGGGUAAUUCUAAUCUAUCCUUCGGCAAACCUGGAGGUGGUUUCAACUUCACAACCCCUACGUUUGGUGGUUUUGCACAACCGCAACCCACUGCGACAACAACUACAGCAACUACCACCCAGUCAUUUGGUUUAACAGCGAGUCCGCAGAGUAACUUUGGUAAUACUGGGUUCGGUGGUAAACCAUUUGGCACUGCCACUACUGAAGCUCCCGCAUUUGGAACGACAACAUCUUCAUCUGGAUUUUCCUUCGGGCAAACACAAAGUACACCUCAAACCCAGUUGCAAACUCAAAAUGCGCAAAAUCAAUCCUUCCCAUUUUCAAGUCAAAAUCAAACUCCAGCUUUUGGAACUCAAACAACUCAAUCCUUGAGUUUUGGUCAACCAACUCAAGCAAAUCAAACGUCAGCUUUUUCUGCUCAACCCACUCAAGCAAAUCAAACGUCAGCUUUUUCUGCUCAACCUACUCAAUCAAAUCAAACAUCGGCUUUUUCUGCUCAACCCACUCAAGCUCAAACGACAGGUUUUGGUCAAACAACAACUCAACCAAAUUUUAUGACUCAAACAACUCAAGCCACAGGCUUUGGUACAAGUCAGCCACAAACAACUCAAAGUUUCGGCUCGACUCAAGCACUUAAUUUCUCCAAACCUCAAACCAGUCAACCAAUUAGUUUUGGAGGUCAAACUCAAACCCAAACUCCAGCUUUCGGGCAAACUCAAACAAGUCAGCCUUCGUUCGGCUCAACUCAAGCAAGUUUGAGUUUUGGAACUUCACCUCAACCAACAUCCACUUUUGGUACAACAACUCAACAAAACCAGACUACUAGUUUCGGGACAACUCAACCGACGUCAACUUUUGGUGCAACAACUCAACCAACUUCAAGCUUUGGCCCAACUCAAAUUACUCAAGCAAACUUAAGUUUUGGCACAACUCAAGCUACCACAGCGGGUUUGAGUUUUGGCACAACAACUCAAAGUCAGUCCAACUUAAGUUUUGGAACUUCUACGGCUCAACCGACUUCAAGUUUUGGCACAACUUCAACUUUGAGUUUUGGUGGGAAUCAAACGAGUCAAGCGAGUACUGUACCAAGCACUACUCAAAGUGGAUUCGGAUUUGGAACUACAUCAACUACAACAAGUUUCAGUUUGAAUUCUGGACUAUCGUUUGGUAAAACUACUUCUACUACCGCUGCUACAACAUCCUCAACAGCCCCGUCCGGUAUCACAGCUUUGGGAAAGUCUACUGCAAUGGCCUCCUUGACCACCACUACCACCACAACAGCAUCUGGACCACCGGCAGCGUUAUCAUCAAUAACAUUUGCACAACUGGAAGAGAAUAUAAACAAAUGGAGUUUAGAACUGAACGAGCAAGAGAGCAAUUUUAUAAAGCAGGCUACAAUGAUCAACGCUUGGGAUAGAUUACUUGUUGCUAAUGGAGAAAAGAUCCUUGAGUUAAACGAUGCAGUGGAAGCAGUCAAAAAUGAACAAACCAGUUUAGAACACGAGUUAGAUUUUAUUUUAGCGCAACAAAAGGAAUUAGAGGAGUUAUUAAAGCCCUUGGAAAAACAACUGUUGGAAGAUACCGGUGAUAGAAUGAGAGAUCCUGAAAGGGAGCAUAUGUAUACUUUAGCAGAAACAUUAGAUACUCAACUACGGCAAAUGUCCGAGGAUUUGAAGGAAGUCAUUGAACACAUUAAUGAGACAAACAGAAGUCAAGACAGCAAUGAUCCUAUAGUGCAAAUCGGACGUAUACUCAGCGCUCACAUGUCGUCCAUGCAGUGGGUUGAAAGCGGGGCCGCUCAUAUCGCAGCGGCUUUACAUUCAUUGCAAGAUGAAACGAGGGCAUUAAAACAACGCAGUGAGGCUGCAUUCCAACGUGCGUAUCAC